AUGGCUUCUACCCAGUUAGAAAAUCGCGCGACAGAUUCGCAGCCACCAAUUCUAACAAUGCAACAUCCAAGUGCCAAUGGAGCCAGCAGAAUAAAAACCGUUAGACCGGUUACCGUCAAAUCGGUCAAACGCGGACAAAGAAACGGUUCUGUCGACUCUCCGUACCGAAGUGUGGACAACAUCUACAUGAGGAGCACAAGAGGGGCGUCAUCGAUCAGAAGAAAGCAGGUCGGUGCCGGUAGGAAUGAUGGGGAGGAUGAAGAUUACACCCAUUAUCGGUGCCUCCAUCGCCGCUGUCGUUGUCAGCGCACCAACUUCCACCAGCGACUUCCCAACGCUCAACACCACCACCGUCAGAUGGAAAGGAUCAGCAGCCGCUUUGGAGAAAGUAAGGAUGGGCUCAACCAAGAUGUGGUCGAUGAUGUUAGUGGCGUUAGAAACUACGACAACAACGAUGGUUCCAACAACAACAACAACAAUGUUGAUUGCAACAAUAACAAAGAUGAUCACAACAACAUCAACAUCAACAACAACAUCAACAACGUAUUAGAUUAUCCAUUAGCAGACACCAUCCAUGAAACGUUUAUAGAUUGUGCUGGAAAGAAUGCAACUGGAAGAGAGCACAUUGAAGUGCAUACAACUGACCACAACAGCAUGGACAACAUCAGCAUUCAAGUCAUAAACAACAUCGGCAACGAAAAUAAAGACAGCUUCCACAACAAAAAAAGCAAAUCAACUUUCUCCAUCUUCAACAUCGGUUGCAGCAACAAAACAAAACCCAGCAAACCAGGCAGGUACAAAGAAUCGAAAUUCUCAAAAAAAUGCAACAGCACAUUUCUUUUAUUGAAGGCCAGUUUAUCCAGGCUCGAUAUUUCAAGGAACAACAAGGCAAAUAAAGCAGAAGAUGAACAUGACAUCAAGUUUACCGACAGCAACAUCAGUGACACGAACGGAAAUGGUAACAUUAACAAUAACUUUACUACUGAUAAUAACUUUAAAACUAACCCAAACAGGACCGUGCACAAGAACCAAGACAGCCUUCCUCAGAGGAACAAGGCAGACGACAAGGCUGCAGAACUCGAUUCAUCCUUGGACGGAAUGUUGCAAAUGUUGACCGACAAAUGUCUGACCAAAUUGGGAAAGUCAUACAAACCAAUGGUAGAAGUUGUUGGCAGCUGCAACAGUCUGGCUAAGUCAGCAACGACGAAACAUUGCGGAUACUUGAAACGUCACUUUCUCUCGAAGCAUCUCGUCUCCAGCUGCCAGACUCCAGGCCUGUACGUCUCCUGUCUCCAGUCCCGCUCUGGAAAGUUACUCGCCACUUCAAACAACAUCCUUCCUACGGUCAAGGUCAAUGUCGAUCACGUGGCUGACAUUGAAAAUCAUUUCUAUUGGCUGAUGAAGGCCAGCAGUGAUUGGCGGUUAGUGAAAAGUCUGAAAUCCAUCUUUAAAACAGAAAUCGGAGUUUCAAAGAAAAUGGAUACAAACGUCAGACAGGAUCAAGAUGCAUUUGCGAUCAAGUAUGCCAUUUUGAAGGCGGUUCGUUGCCUUCAAAAACUCACAAGGAAUGAAGACUUGGGAAAACUGCAUUGCAGCGUUUUCAAAGAGAACUCUUCUUCAGUGUUCUUGUUCGUCAAUGAAAUUCAAGAUGCCUCCUCUUCGUCUUCCUCAUCCUCUCCAUCACCAUCAUCAUCCUCACAUGUGUCCUUGUCACCUCUGGUCUGGAUGUCCAUCGAUGACCUAUCGUCAUCAUCAUCAUCACCAUCUUCAUCGUUGUCGUCAUCACCAUCAAAAUUGCCACUGCUCAAAUGCAUAGCAUCGAGAAGUUCUGACAUACUGUCGAUGAGUGAAGGAGAGUUGAAGGAAGGAAUGUACGUUGGCUACCUAAAGUUGUCCUGCCGCGUGCAGGGCUUGGACAUCCUCGUCUCCAAACAACAUCUCUCCAGCUUCCCUUCCGUCCAGUUGGACGAUGAAGAUGGCGUUGAUCGAGAGGAUAACUUCCGGAUGCUAAUGAAGGACACCGGCAAACAAAACUAUGAAACUGAGUUCCCCGUGAUGGAGAAGCAAUUCAAAGAAAUGCUGCUAUCCAAGUGCAAUCAACUCAUAGAUGCCGUCGACACGCAAACAUCUGCUGCAACCUCAUCUGAAGCUGAUGAUGAAGUUGAAAUCGCUGUUGAACCAGCCACUCCAGCUGCACAUCGUCUCAACAAGAUGACCUUCACAUUGAACAACCAGGUGACCAUGACCUUGCUAGCACCACCAGCUUCUCUCGUCUGCCAACUCCUGCAAGACCAACUGCCCAACCCUCCACCAUCCUGCACCUACCUCCCACUCCGAACUUUCGAGAUGAUCCAUCUUCACGCCUACCAACCACAAAUCUACCGAAAGUUCAGCAAGUUGUCGACCAUCUUGAAUUUGCUAUCAGAGGUCUGCAGACGUAGAAAGUUGAUCCUGGAAGCUUCUGACAUCAGUGACUCACGUGACGAGGAACUGACCGAGCUUCUGGAAAUUUCCGCCUGUUCACAAGGCAUCCAACGAGAGAUGAUUGAAGCUCUGGCAAAGAAUCGCUGGCUGGCUGGCGUCAUCAGACAAGCUCGUCUGCCGUCUUCGAAGGAUUUUCUACCUCUGAUUGAACUUUUUUGA